GACGGUAAUGUGAGCGUUGCGUUCGUUGCGUUGGCGUUGCGUUGGCGUCGCGUGAGCGCGUGUGUGGGGACUGCGGCGGCAUAGGGAGGAGACGUGAGAACGGUAUAUUGAUAUAAAAGAUCAUCGUUUACGACGUUCAACAGGCCGUCUUGCAAUCGUCGAGCCGCGCAGGUCUUUGAGCCCAGACCUCAUCAUGUGGCUCUUCGUGUCAUGGCUACUUAGUGAGAUAUUCAACACUGUUUAUUUCCAACUAUUCGGCGACCGUCUUCCCGACUCGGCCGAAAUGAAACCGGUCGGCACGGUGUCCAAACUGUGCAUUUAUCCACUGAAGUCGGGGCGGCGCUUGGAGUCGCCUGCUCUGUUCUGUGAGCCGAUGGGACCUCGGUUAGAUGCCACAUUAGACAGAGCCCUGAUGGUGACCGAUGAGGAAGGCGGCUUUCUGACAGCACGCCGCUACCCGGAGAUGGUGCGUAUCGUCGCGGAGCCGACACAGGGAGGCAUGCGUCUCUCAGCACCUGGCGCCGGCACGAUCUCCAUCAGCUUCAGCGAUGUCUCCGCCCUGAACUGGCGGAGGGAGGUGCGCGUUUGGGAGGACAGGCUGCCGGCGCUGGACUGUGGUGACGAGGCGGCUGCUUGGAUUUCCGCUGCGAUCCCCUCGCGGUCGGACGGGGCGCGUCUCUGCUGGUUCCCCGACAGUCAGACGGCGCGCCGGCCCAACGUGCCGCCGUUCCCAGUGCGCGCUGUGGAUGGCUCGGCGUUCGCCGACCUCACUGGCUACAUGCUGAUGAACGAGGCGUCUGUGGCCGAGCUGGGCGCUCGCGUCGACCGGCCCGUCAGCGUGGACGCAUUCCGUGGCAACAUUGUCGUGUCGGGUAGCACGCCGUUCGCCGAGGACCGCUGGCGCUACCUGGCCAUUGGCGACGCCCUGUUCGAGAACGUGAAGCCCUGCACGCGCUGCCUGUUCACCACUAUCGACCCGGAGACAGGUGUGCGUGACGCGCUCGGCGAGCCGCUCAAGACGUUGCGCCGAUAUCGUCUCAAUGACGACCCGGCGCUGCGCUCCGUGUUGGGCAAUUCGCCGCUGUUUGGUAUCAACCUGGGUCUGCGCAGGCCAGGCGAAAUCAAAGUCGGUGAUACGGUUUAUGCGGCAUCGUAGAUAUCUCCCUAUAUUGGUAGAAAACGGGUUAAACACGAUUCCAGGGAUUUUUUUAGAGGUCUUAAGGCGUUUUUAUACAGUUGUAGUCAUCAUAGAGCAAUAUUUUGGUGGAUGAUACACGGACAUGUGUCAUUUUGUACUAAUAUUUGACAAUUUAACUCUAGGGUGGUUGAAUUGUUUUCGUUCAUAAGCGUCAACUAACCAGUCGGUGAGCUGUUGUCGAAGCGUUCCGAACCUGAACUCAUUCUGCAUAGUCGUAUAGCAUGGAGGGUGAAUGCCAUUAGGACACAAUAACGGGUUAAACCAAACGGGUUAAACGGGCUCUAAACGGACGAUUCAAAUCGCUCUUUUCCUGUUCUGGCCUCUGAGCCUCUGGAAAUUUCACGUUGGGCUCGUUCAGACUACCUAUAUGUUUCUGCCAUAUUGCUUUGGCUGGAUGCUAGGUGAUCUGUGAUUGUUGGUCAGUGCCUUUUGAGUUGCCAAUUGCCAUGUUAUGGGGGCUGUCGCAGCAAUAUCUGAUGUGUAUUGUUUAUGAGCAUGGAGUGAGUAGCAUUUUUGGAUCGCAUAUCUUAUGUGACUCGGGAUGAUGCAUGUUAAAUACAUCACAAUUAUG